AUGUCGACCGACUGGCUCUUCUCCGCGUCCGAGCUUCAGCUCACGCCGUCGCGCCGCGACGGCGUCUCGCUCGCGGCGGAGCUCGAGCGUCGGGGCGCCGCCUGCAAGCUGCUCGCGCGGCUGGCGGCGGCGCUGCGCGUGUCGCUGGCCACGCAUCGUAGCGCCUGCGUGUUCCUGCACCGCUUCCUGAUGCGGCGCUCGCUGGCGCAGUGCGACGAGCGCGUGGCCGCGGCGGCCUGCCUGCUGCUGGCGGCCAAGGCCGAGAACGACGAGACCCGGGGCGUGGACGUGGGUCGACUAGCCAAAGAGCUGACGAACGCGGAGGCCCAGGCCGUGCGCGACAUUCUUCAGUUGGAGGGGGAUGUGCUGCUGGCCCUCGGCUUCGAGCUGGAAGUGGACCACUCGUUCUGUUAUAUCGCGGCCGAGGUGGACAAGGUCGUGGCCCUGCCGGCCCUUGCGGCCCGCCGCAACGAGCUGCGCCUGAAGCUCAAGCAAGUGGCCUGGAGCUUCCUGAACGACAGCGCAAUCACGUGGACGUGUCUCGCGGUGGACGCGCCGCUGGCCGCCAGGGCCGCGGUGUUCGCCGCCGGACUGUUCCAAGGCUGCGUGUCGGAGGACGUUCUGGCCCGCGAUGGCCAGCCCUGGUGGACGGUGCUGCAGACGCCGCUGGACGUCUUGAAAGAUGCUGCAAGACACGUGCUGUCCGCCUACAUGACCCCCUUUGUGGACACCAGUGUGCUUCCGAGCGCUCUGGUCGAGUUGGUGAACGUCUUCCACUCGAAGACGGACGUGAACGAGCCCAGCGAUAUCUGCGUGCGUGAGCCUGAAGUGCUCAUUGAGACGGAACCCACGCCGCUGGACGAUGACUUCAACAAGCAGGUCGAGAUCGACGCAGAGAUCCUGUUCCAGAGCGUGGAGGGAUCUCCGGCGUUUGUGGAGCAGACCACUGCGUGGAUUGACGACUGCGUGGUGGUCGGCAAGGGAGAGCAGAGCCCGUCGAGUCCGUCCGACCCGUGCGCCGUGGAGAAGAGCCUCCCGCUCUACUCCCCGCAGAACCGCGCCAUGGACCCAUGCGCCGAAGGAUCACUACUUCUGAAGCGCUCGAUUACGUUAGCAGACAGCGGCCGCAUCAUCAAGAAGGCCAAGUUUGCACUAUGA